GAUUAAAUAAAAUAUUGUUGACAAUACAUCUACAAUCAGUAUAUCUAUAAUCGAAGGAAGAGGUGUUUCGUGGUUGAUGAUCUGUCACUUAACCUAAUCUAACCUCUCCGAAGUGUCACGCUCUUGUGACAGUACGGAAAUAAGUGUGCUAAAUAAACUUCAAAUUGUGGAGACAUUUUCUAAAAAUUUUGUUUAAAAUUCCUUGAGACAUGACGAACGUACAUACGGUAAAUAGUCUCAUUAGCAACAGAAAUCGCGAUUGUCUCGAAUGCAGAUUAUUAAGCGGCGGUGGUCUCGUCGCCGCUGGUUUAUAUGUCUGUCAUCAUUCCAAACAGCAUCAAAAUCAAGUAGGAAAAGCAGCAAUGUACUCGAUUGCCUCUGUGCUAGUACUUCUUGGCACAGCUAGAAUUUUCGACCUGCCACCUUUUCAAAAUAAAUUCAAGCGGAGUUGAGGAAUAAGUUACUUAAGCAAGUAUAACAGUUCACAGCAUUUUAUGAUUACACAAAUUAUGUGAGUGAAUAUACUAUGAAAGUAUUUAUAUA